CGACGCAGGUUUUUGAACUAAUGACGACCAAGUGUGAAAAAGUGGCGGCGAUCAGAAAAGAAAAAAUACUUUAUUUAAUAAAAACAAAUAAAAAUUAUAAAAAAUAAGUAGAAAAAGUGAAAAAUAAGAAAAUAAAUUAAUAAGUUUUUGUUUAAACAUUAUUAUAAUUUCAAAAAUAAAAAGUAAAAUUUGUGUUGGAAAAUUGCAAAAUCAAAAAUUUUGCCUUUUCUGAUAGAAAAAACGAGAAGCGAAGAAGAGAAGAAACAAAAAAGAGAAAUAAAGCCAAAAUUUAUAAAACUUAAAAAUCAAAUAUCUAUAUAUAAAUUAAAUUUCUGUAGUGGAGAGACGCUUAUCAUCAGGCGGUUAUUAUGAAAGGUAACCUGUAUAAAAUGUCUCGUAACAAGGACAAAUAUGAAAGCGGCAAUCGUAGACAACAGAUUUUUAUGUCACCCGAAGAUGUGGCAGCUGGCAAAAAAUCUAACUGGACUGGUAUUGAGAUAACAGGCUGCGUCCGCAAUAUUAGUCCUUCAUUAUGGGAAUUUGAACAUUUAACAGCUUUAUAUUUAAAUGAUAAUCAUUUGUUACGUUUACCAGCUGAUAUUGGACUAUUGGUUAAUCUUCGUACAUUAGAUGUAUCCAGUAAUAAAUUACGUAGUUUACCUGCUGAAUUGGGUGAAUUGAUACAAUUAAGAGAACUUUUGUUAAAUAAUAAUUUUCUUCGUGUUUUACCCUAUGAAAUUGGCAAAUUAUUUCAUUUGCAUGUUUUGGGUUUAAUGGGUAAUCCACUACAAAAGGAAUUUCUAUCCAUUUACAAUGAACCCAAUGGUACACAAAAAUUAUUAACAUAUAUGUUGGAUAAUUUGUCAAUUUCUGUAACACCACCACCUCAGCGGCCAUGGAUACCAUUGGCGAAGCCUAACAAAACCAGACCAGCCUGCAUUUUUACCGUCAUGUGUUACAAUGUUCUAUGCGAUAAAUAUGCCACCCGUCAAAUGUAUGGCUAUUGUCCGUCAUGGGCUCUUAGCUGGGAGUACAGGAAAAAAGCCAUACUCGAUGAGAUACGUCAUUAUUCGGCUGAUAUAAUAAGUUUACAAGAAAUUGAAACGGAACAGUUUUAUAAUUUCUUUUUACCCGAAUUAAAGAAUGAUGGUUAUGAGGGCAUAUUCUCACCCAAGUCAAGAGCCAAGACAAUGUCUGAAAUGGAACGUAAAUAUGUUGAUGGUUGCGCUAUUUUCUUUAGAGCCUCAAAAUUUUCUCUUAUUAAAGAACACUUAAUUGAAUUCAAUCAAUUAGCAAUGGCCAACGCAGAGGGUUCAGACAACAUGUUGAAUCGUGUUAUGCCCAAGGACAACAUCGGUUUAGCUGCUUUACUUAAAGUCAAAGAAACUGCCUGGGAUCCUAUUACCGAAGUUACACAGAUAUCUCAAGCUCUCUUAGUGUGCACUGCUCACAUUCAUUGGGAUCCGGAAUUUUGUGAUGUCAAACUUAUACAGACCAUGAUGUUAAGCAAUGAAUUAAAAUCAAUUAUAGACGAGGCUAGUCACAGUUUUAGGCCUGGCCAUAAGAAUGACUCAAAUAGUGUACAACUAUUGUUGUGUGGUGAUUUUAAUUCUUUGCCUGAUUCUGGUGUUAUUGAGUUUUUGAGCAAAGGACGCGUUCACAUGGAUCAUUGUGACUUCAAGGAUAUGGGCUAUAAGGCCUGUCUACAACGUUUACUCUCGAAUGACACCAGUGAGUUUACGCAUUCCUUUAAGCUGGCCUCCGCCUACAGUGAAGACAUAAUGCCGCACACUAACUAUACGUUCGACUUUAAGGGCAUUAUCGAUUAUAUAUUCUAUACCAAAACAGGCAUGGUACCGUUGGGCCUUUUGGGUCCCAUCUCCAACGAAUGGUUGCGAGAAAAUAAAGUCGUGGGUUGUCCUCACCCACAUAUACCCUCCGAUCAUUUUCCAUUGCUGGUGGAAUUGGAACUUAUGCAUACGGCUAGCCAACAAGCCCCACCAAAUGGCCUCAUUAGUAGACGGUAGCAAUAAAACGUCCGUACAAAGACAACGUCAUCCCAAAGAAACCUCUUAAUAUCUCUACUAUUACUACUACUGAUGCUGCUGCUACUACUACUACAACUGUGUUUAGAGUUAAGAAGAAGGAGGAGAAGAAGAAGGAGUAGGAGAAGAGGUUUUCAUAUAAUUUAUUAUGCUGCCGUUGUCAAAAUACAAAAUAAAACUAUUGUCUUAGUUGUCGUCGUCGCCGUCAUAGUUGUCAUCAUCGUCGCCACAUCGGUAGUAUCUGUCGUCGUCGUUGUCUUCAUCAUACAAACAGCAACAACAACAACAACAAAAACAAAUACAACCACCAACACAAGGACCACAAGAACAAUCUUCAACAAACUGAUGUCAUGAUCAUGAAUGAAUUAUUUAUUUCUUAAGUUUUACAACAAAUUCAACACAACAACAAAAACAACUAAUAAGUAGAAAUUAUUUCUUUUUUUUAAUUUUAAUGCUUCAUACUUCAUCCAGCUAUUCAAAAACUCUUUUAAUUAAAUAUUAUUAACUUAGUUUCUGAUUUUAUAGCUUCUUAUUCUUACUUUUUCUUGCAAAAUAAUCACACUGUAUGUAUGUCUCUGUAUGUCUUUUUCUUUCAAAAUUUAAAUUAAAUUGUAUAAAAUUAACUACUCCCUUGAGAAAAGAUGAGUUUGAGAUUUGUAUGUUUGUAGUUCAAAUACACAAAUUUUUUAGUAACAUUAGUUAAAUACAUAAAAUAAAUUCGAAGUUGAUUUUCGAAUUUUUCGUUUCUUUUUUUUUUUUAACGAUUUUAAAGAAAGUGAAAAAGAAACCUAUUUGUAUGAUUUGCGUACAAUAUCUUGUAGUUUAACAUCUAAAAUUAUUAUUUCAGAUUUAAAGUUCGAGCUAACAAAGUUGAGAUGUUUAAUAUUUUUAUUAAAAUAAGUUUUUAAACAAAAUAAUGUUACAGAUUUGAUUUUCAUUUAUACUUAAUAAUAUAUAUUUUUUCUACCCAUUUUAAUUUUUAAUAAAGAAGCACUUUUAAUUAGUUUAAACUUUCCCUUCUCUCUUAAACUCAUCUUUUUUUAUAUACUGCAAUAUUUCUACAAUAUUUUUCUUAACCAAUUUCUUCUAUUUCACAACUAUUACAAUAAUUUUACUCUAAUUAUAAUUGUUUUAAUUUUGCCUGUAUACACAUAUUCAUAAAUAUAACGCAAUAUACACUUUCUUUUCGACAAGCGUUCAUAAAACAACGUUAAAUAUCAAUACCAAACUAAUUGAAAAUCAAGUUAACUUCCCAUUAAAACAAUUCAAAGUAUAAAAGAACAACUUAACCUGACACGCACACGUUUUAUUUUAUUUUUUUUUUAUAAUUUUUAAAUGGAAUAUUUGAUUUUUCAAAAGUUACAGAUACUUCUUAACAAUUGCUUGGCUUAUCUUACAAAUAUUUUUUAUUAUAAAUUUUCUUCUUUAAUUUUAAAAUAUUUUCUUUUAAAAGAAAGUUUAAAAAAUUAUUGUAAUAUUAAGUUUUAAAAUAGUAAUCAUAUAUGCACCCACAUUUAUAUUAAUUUACAUAAUUAUUUUUUUUUUAAUUUUAAAAAACUGUAAUUUAUAAUAAUUUGUUUAAAAUAGUUGGUUUUUUUAAAGAAACACAAAGACAUUAUUUUGUAUACAACCUACAACAAACACUAUCCCUUACUCUUUGUUUCCCAAAACCUUUCCCUCUUCCUUCUUUCACCCACUCUCAUACAAUAUUGUUUCUUAAUAUUUUUUUAGUUUUUAAGUAAUAAAUAAUUUAUACAUUGUAAAAUAUGCACUUUAAACAAAAACUUAACAAAUUUAUAGAAAAUAUAUCAUAAGAUCUAUAAAGAAUCAAUCACAACAACAACAAAAAAGAAACGUCUCUUAACAUUAAAAAUUAAAAACUCAAACAAAAAAACAAGCAUUAAAAAAUUUUAA